CAGAAAAUACAAAUUAUGAUUCUUUUUCCUUGUUGGAUUUUUUCAAUUCUGUUGAAAGUGUAAUUACAACUAUGGCAACAAGAGUAGAAAUAAAUUCUACUUUGGCGUCUUUGACGACAGUACCUGACCUAAAUGAAAUCAGAAAUGAGGAUAAAUCACAGCGUGUGUACGUAAGUGUGCUUUCAGAUGCAAGUAACAAGACAAAGGAGGCUUCAGCAUCGCUAACUCUUGAAGAGAAGAAUAAGUUUGGGAGUACUUUGAGAUCUGCAACAAUGCCGUCACUGGGAUCAAGGCCAAGACUUUUCCCAAAACCUUUUUCUAAAGAGAAAACUUCAGAUACUUUUGCAAAUGUAAAACCACCUAUUCCGGCUUUCAGAUCAAGUAGUCUUAUUAGAAAGGCCACUGAAGAACCAUCAUCUGUUAAGGUAUUAAGUGGAAACGUUCCUCCGUUAGUAGAUCAGAAAGUAAUUGAAAAUGAAAAUAAGGCUGGCAGUGAAGUAGUCACAAACAUGACUUUCUACACUGGUCCCAGUGCGAAUACUGUCAUUCUUUUUGAGACAGCGGGCACAGAGCAAUCAAAGGUAAGCCUGGCCCAAGAAAAAAGGGCUGCCGACGACCACGGAGUACUUAGUACUAUGCAAACAAAAGAGCUUCAAUGCAGUGCGAAGCUGGAGAAACCAUCUCAGCCAUCUGAGACAUCCAGGAAUCCUGAAGGGUCUCUUCAUAGGCAGAUAUCGCUUUCCUCCAGUCUUAGACCAGUCUCUUGGAACUCCCUCAAAACUGGUGAAAAAAAAGAUGCUUAUGAAGUUCAUACAGGGGAGAAAAACAAUGACGAUGCAAAUAAUAUCAACAGUAAAGUUGAUUUCUCUGUUGAUGUGCAGCAACGGCCAAAACAUAGACCAGUAUCCGCUAUUUUUCUGGAAUCAUUACGAGAUCAAAAGCAUCGCACUGUGGAAGCUUCUGAGGAAAAAUCUCCUACAGAGAAAUCCUGGGUUAGAAAACCAAGGCCUUUGUCCAUGGACCUGACAGCUAAGUUUGAACAUAAAGAUCCUUCUUGCAAGAAGACUUGUUCAUCUCACGAAAGCAAGGAGAAUGUAUCGAUAAUUUCUUUUACUGACGUGGGCUGUCACGAUCAGUCUGAAAUUGGGCCAAAAACUGAAGAAACUGAAUUUAAUAAAGGCAGUUCUUCUAAAACAAAUUUGAAGUGCAGUAGUCAGGACAUUGGCAUCCUAAAUAAUGGAAAAUAUGUAUGGGAAAUGAAGCUUAAAUCUAAAAGUGAACAAAUUGAGACAAAACCAGAAAUAACUAACUUGCAUGGUUCUGAAAGAAGCCAUGAAACCACAAGUGAAAGCAGAACUAAUAAGGAGGGGAAAAGACCGGAUCAAAAGGAAACUUAUAUGUUUCUAGGCUGUGAAAGCCCUCCAGCUUCCUCAGAAACAGAGAAUAAUAUCGUAAGAGGUAGUGUUAAAAAACACAUUAGUUUGUUUACUUCAGAAAAUCCAAGUACCUCAAUGGAUACAGAGCUUCUCCCAUCAAGUGCUGAGAAGGAAAACAGAUGUGUGAACAUCCAACAGAGAAUCAAAGAACUGACAACAGAAAAUACUGAUGUUAAGCCAGGAAAUCUACGUAGGUCACUUCAAUCACGGCCACUUUCUGCGGACUUAACAAAGAUGUUUUCGAGUCUGACAUCAAGCAGUGAAGCAAAGCCUGAGAAACCUGCUGAAACUAGAAACGACUCUGUCGAUGAAAUGCAAGAAAAUCAAAAAAGUAAGGAGAUCAAGCUUGCACAUGGCACAGAUUUCACUGAAGCACAUGCUACUGGGAACCCUUGGAAACCCCGGCAGAUUUUAAAAAUAACAAAUAAACCUGAUCAGAUAGAGAGGAAAGGAAGCUUCCUUGGACAUGGUCAGCAUUUUUCUCAGCAAAGUGAAAAUUCUGUCUCAUUCACAAGCAACUUGGAAAAAAAAUUAAAACCAACCACACUUAUGGAAAAGACCUACAUUAAAACUGUCCGAGCCACCAUGUUUGACCAUAAUGUUCAGAGGCAUAGUGUUGCUGCUGAUCAUCCUGGAACUGAGUCUGCACUGAAAAUGAAUAAUGAGCUUGAGGCAAAGCAUGAUGUGGUGACUUCGGGGCACAACAGACGAUCAUGGAUGGGAGAAGGGGAGGAAACCACUAGUAUAAAGAAGGAGUAUCACAAGCAAUCUGAUUCAUCAAAACUUAUAGCAGAUGUAGAAAAAAGUGGAAAACCAGCUUGUUCAAGUGAAGACAAGAAAAUUACUCCGGGAAUUCUCUCAGAAAAAUCUUUGGUUGAGAAAAUUGAAAAACCCACUCCUAAAAAUGCAGAAGACUCUCUAAUUUACCAAAGAAUAGAGCCGAGAUACGAAAUCUUUCAGACAUGUGGUGAAAGAGCUCUCAGUGAAGCCAUUACAAUGGCUCCUGAAAAAAAAGCCAUGACACUCAGAACUAGAAAACCAUCUGUGAAAGAGAGUAAGAACGAUGAGGAUGUUUUACACACUGGUCAGUCAGCUAGGACAAAUAGUAAAACUCUCUACUUGAAAGAAGAUAAUAUUAUUUCAGAAGCUAGAGACACAAAAGUUUUUAUAAGCAAGUCUGCGUUGAGAGAACCUAACGAUUUUUUCUCCAGUGAAUGCACUUUACCUGAACAGAAAAAAGACUCUGAAAAAGCUGAAACUGAUCCGAUAUUAGCAGCUGAGAAAACACCUUAUUCUGCAAACGAAAGUAAAUGUUUGGGAAUGAAUGAAAAAGUAAACAAACUACAUUCUGAAAUUAAAAAUGAUAAGAGUGAAGUCUCUUCCAUGGAUAAAACAGAGAGGUCUAAUAUGAUGAAAUGCUCUUCUGAGAAAAGGAGUUUUAGACCAGGUGGGAUGGACAGCUAUGAAUUCAGAAGCAACUUUGAUCGUGAAGUUAUUUCAACAAGUGUAAAUAAACACGGGGCUCAGUCUUCUUCAGUGCUUUCAAGUGGACAAUUUUGCAAAUUUUCCAGUAGCCACCAUCCUGAUACAAAAGUACUAACCAUUAAUAAAGAGGAAUCUAGGGCCUUUGGUUUAAGGAAAAGUCUAGACUUAAGUUGCAAAGAACAAGACUUUAGCUUAGAUAGUACAGCUCAUGAAAACAGCGAAAAAAUCAGAGUAGCAGAUCCAGAAGAAAAAGUCAGAAGAACCAGAAGUAGCGUUUCUGACUUGAAGAUUUCUGAAAGGUGGAGGAGGAGGACCUUGCCUCAGGAUUCUGUCAAGACAGAAGAAGUCGUCUGGCUGACUCCUGAAAAUAUCAAAAGGCUGAGUCGGACAGAUUCAUUGCAAUUGGAUGAAGGUUCAGUUAAAAAGAGAAGCAAAAAAAGCAAAGAAGGGGUGGAAGGGAAUGAGGCAAACCAAACUGUUCUUGGCAGUCCUGAUGAUUACUUGAAAAAUCAGACUUCUGCCUUUGAGCCAAAGGCAACUUAUUUUGCAGUGACUUAUCAGAUUCCUGGUAACAAAAAAGAGAAAAGCUUUGUUGGUACUCCUAGUGCAAGUGAAACUAAUACAAUUUCUAGCUCAAGUGAGGGAGCAACAAUUAAUGUGGACCCUGUUUUUCCUGGAAGGUCCAAACCUUUAUUGCAGCAACCAAAUAAAAAUUUGACGAGUACGAAUUGUAGAGAAGACUCAUGGGAAGUGCAUAUUAACAAGGAUUGGGUCAAAGACGAAGACAAAGAUGAUAUUUUUUCCAAAAACAUUGCGUUUGGUAAUUUUCAUGUAUCUAGGAAAGAUAACCAACAGUAUCAUGAAAGAGAUCUGGAUCAUUCUAAAGAGAAAAUUAUAGAUGUUGAUGCUUUCCUGUUAAAACAGGAUCUGGAAAAUACAGCUCAAACUGAUCUCAAAAGUAGCAGAAGAAAAGUCUCCUCUUACCAUGAACCCAGAUCCCCCCUGCGUUUUGCACAGUUACAUAAAGACAGUGAACUAGUCCCCCAGAAAAGGAGUGAAAAUAAUUAUGAUUUAUCUGGAAGGAAGGCUGAGGAUGGUUACAGAUCCCAAAUUCUUGAUAUUGAUGCGCUUAUGGCAGAAUAUAAAGAAGAAUCAGUGAAGGCCAAUAAUGUUCAAGACAGGCUCUCUGAAGAUCACAGUUCAUUUAGUAGGGAGAAAUCAAAGAACAAAAGAAAUGUGUCAGAUAGGAUGACUUCUUCCUAUAGCUGGAAAGAGUGGAAGGGCUCAGAUCACUAUUCUGUUAAUAACAAACAAGGUGACUGUGCAGAAGAGUACCACAGGCCAGAGAAAUUAAUUCUAAAUGAAAAGAGCAAAGAGAAACUGGAAUCAUGUAGCCCUGAAUUUGAUAAACAAAAGUCCAAAGACAGGAAGUUCAGUCCUCCUUACUGGGGAAAUCCCAGCAGCUUUUUUUCAGACAAGUUUGUAAAUUCCCCUGUGGAGUUCACUAGGAAGAAAACCUUCAUCGUUGAUGAGGAUGACGAAGUGAACUUAACUUCCAGGAAUCAAAGUUCAAAAUUUGUAAUUGAUAAGGUACAGCCUAUAAAUGCAGUUGGUACAGACCAAAGGUUGGAAGUUAAUUUUGCUUCCAAGUUGUCCAUAAAGGCAGAUGAUGGCCUCUUACAGAAGAAGUUAGUCACAAAAGAACAGUUCGUGGAGGUGUCUCCAGAAGGUGAUUGGAGCAAAAAUGUAGCAAGGAGCUCUAUAACGAGGAACAAAGACAAUGCAAAUAAGAUGAUGUGUGAGAACGACUCUUCCAAUGUGAAAAGUAAAAGUGAUUGGAAGAACUAUACAUCUGGUCUAGGAAGUGCACCCUCAGAUUUAAGACGAUCCUAUUCGGAAAAGAGCCGCCAAGGAAAAGACAAUCUACCACUUAUGCAAGAAGUAAGGGGAAGAAAGGAUCUGUACCGAUCCAGGCAAAGCUUCCCGUUGGAAAGUGCGGAUAAUGGGUGGAAACACAAGGUGUCAUGUCAGUCAGAAUCAUUCUUCCAUGAGGAUAAAAAGGCUUCUAGAAAAGAGUGGACCAAGCAGAGUUCGGACAAAACAGACGGAACAGACUUGUCAUUGGUUUCUACUCAGAGAAGCCGCCACAGUUUUUAUAAGGACCGAUGGGCGGAUAACGGGACGGAUCAGCUGAAGCGGUGCUUCUCCAGACAGCCCCCGGGAGCGAAGGACACAGACACGCUCGUGCAGGAGCCCGACAGCCAGUACGGCACCUGGAAUGAGCAGCGGCACAGUGGGGACAGCUUUGGGCCUGAAUCUCCUUCCUCGGAAAAUGAUGUCAUUUCGACGAGAAAGCAACCUCCAAGUAGCCACCCGUCUUCACUGUCCUCUCAAACGGAACCUGCCUCCCUGGUUGAUCACCAUGACUUCUCAAAAGACCGAAGGAGCACAAGUUUGGACCGUUUCAGCACUGACAUGGACUCUACUGAUGGGACUGACUUACCUCCUCCGGGAGACACCUACCCUGAUGAAAAGACCACUGAUUUCUCUUUCAUUGAUCAAACCACUAUUCUGGACUCCAGUGCGCUGAAAACUCGUGUACAGCUCAGCAAAAAGAGACGCCGUCGGGCUCCUGUUUCCCACUCUCUUAGAAGAAGCAGAGGGCUGGAGUUUGAAAACAGAUUUUCUUUGACGGAAGAACCAGAUAAUACCUGGAUGUUUAAAGAUUCCACAGAAGAGAAGAAAACUAUGCAACAGGAAGAUUCCGAUGAGGAAGACAAGAUACAGCGUACUGCGAGAUCAUCUUCUGUGCAAGCUCAGAGACUUCCCGUAUUUCCAGGAAUGGACCACUCUGUUCUCAAGGCCCAACUGCGGAAAAGACAAGAGUCUGAGAGUCCUGGUGAAAUAAGUUCUGCUCAGCUGUUCAAAUCCCCUAAACCGCAACUGCAGCUUGGAACUCCUCGUAGCAGACUGCUGCCCUCCAGUGUAGAGAAGGAGGACAGGUCAGAAGAAAAGUCUCCUCAGUGGCUGAAGGAGCUGAAAUCAAAGAAGAGACAGAGCCAUUAUGAGAAUCAGGUUUGAAAAGAUAGCGAUUCUAACUAGAAGAAGAUGAUAAAGAAAAUUAACAGAAGCCUUAACUCAUCUGAACCUAAAAUUCACAUGUCAUGUUGCUGCUGUUUGCUUCCUGCCUCAACUGCUAUGUGCAUGGUGCCUUCCUGUUUUGUGGAGAAAGCUGCUUAAUAUUCAUAGUCAAAUACAAAGCUGUAUCUUUUCAGAUACGGGAGGAUAGUCACAGCAGAGCUGCCUGGAAGAAGAACCGGUGGUUCAUAGGUAGCACUUCAGAAAGUCUUGAAAGAUUGUAAUAUUUGAGCUAGGAGUGCUGUGCACCAGGAAAGUCCCCUCACUGUUGAACAAAGACUGCAUUUUUACGUAGGUGUUCAGCAACUCAAAAGUAUGACUUUCAGUAGGCAUGUCAGGUGUAAGGCUGGGCUUUGUGUUUGUUUAUGAAAAUAACAAUUUUAAUCAAAUUUAUCUUUUUUUGUGAAAAAAUAGUAAGCUCCUAUUUAGAAUGAAGUUUGUGGAAGGUGAGAGUGAAAGAACAAAUUAUGUUUACUGCCAUAUUGAAAAAGGAAACUUGAUUAUUUUUUGUAAGAUGUAUUUUUGAUUGGCUUAUAUUUACAUGUGAUCUGCUGACCCAGCAGAUGAAUAUAAUUUUUAGAUGAACAAAAUGUUGACUUUUGUCACCCUUGAAAUGGUAUAUUCUGUGUUUUGUCAGCAUGUGGAAUAAUUGCUUCAUUGGAAUGUCUUUCCUAAAAAGGAUCAAGCAAUAAUGUCAACCAGUUCUCAUA